ACACAAGAUACACACUGAAUAAAAAGUUACAAAUUUCUGAGUCUUGUAACAAAGAAAUUUAAUAAUAAAAUUGAAAAUUGAAAAUUGAAAAAUGAAAAGGAGCAGAGAUGAGGAAGCAUAUAUGUCGAGGCGCGAGGCCUUACGCAUAGGUCACAUGGAUUUCUCGUCGCUGCGCAUUACAGUUAUUGAAAUUGUAUUGGCAUGCAUGAAGGAUGCAUUCGAACGGGUCAAGAUCUCCGUGAUGUUGCCAAAGCUAAUUCAGGACCGGGCAAUGGUGGUUAAGGUGCUGACUGGUACACCGUACGAGCCGGCAAUAAAACUGGUAGACGACUUUAUGCGACGACGCGAUAUUAUAGUGAGGGAGAAGCGGCCGCCACUGAUGGAUCACGGCAUGAUAAAGAUCAUAGAUUAUUUUCAGCGACAUUGCCAAAUUCAAGCACUGUUCCCCGGACUAACGAAAAACACUUCCGAGAGGGAGCAAAAGCUACUAACGGCCUUUGCUAAACUGAUCGACGUGGCCAAAAUCCAUUUGGACCGGGAUGCUUAUGAACACAUACAGAACGAACGCACAUUGCACAAAGUACUCAAGGAUAAGCAGAAACUUUGGCUUGAUAUACAAAAAUUGCAGAAGUUAAUUGAAGAACACCGGGAGGAGGAGAAAGCUCAUUUGCACGCAAAGGAAGUGAGUGCUUUAAAAACGAUGGAAGACAUUAAACAGAAAAAAUUACGGAACGACAUGAAAAUUGAACGGGAAAUUGAGCAUUUUCGACGAGCUGCGCGAGAGAAUGAAAAGGCAAGCCGAGAGAAACAAAUCGAACUGUUUGAGGAGCUGCAGAGAGUCAGAUACGAAGAUGCAAAGCUAACGAAGACCAGCAAAAAUAAUGAAAAGGAAGCUCGCGAAGAAAAAAACAAAUACGAAAUACAACUGCAGAGCAUUAUUAAGAAAUAUGAUACGUUGAUGGGUGAGAAGUUUUGUGAGAGUCUGGAGCUGACGGAUCAGCUCAAUGCGGCUAAGAAUGAGCUCAAGGGCUUCAUGGUUUAUUAUCGUAAAGAGAAAAUCAUCUACGAUGAGAUCGUGAUCAAACGCGAACAGGAGGAGCAGCGGCAAAAGAAAAUAGCUAUCAUAAGUUACAUGAUGAAUCGGGCUGCUCGCAAAAUUCAAACAUAUUGGCGCUCUUGGCGCAGGAGUAUGAAGAAGAGGAACAAACGUGCCAAGAAGUAUUAAACUAUAUGAUCUAAUUGAAGAGGGAAAUACAGGUUAAAACAACUCGUAGAAAACUAUCAAUUGUAGAUACACAGCUAAGAACGUUGUUCUCAAAAACAAAUAAAUAAAGCAUAGUGAGUG